AUGGAUAGAUACACGUUUAGAAGGCUAGUUAACAUGCUUCAAACGAUUGGACGGCUAAGAGCUACAAGAAACCUGACAGUUGAUGAGCAAGUUGCUAUUUUCUUAUACAUACUAGCUCAUCAUCAAAAGAACCGUACAAUGAAAACUAAUUUCUUGCGGUUAGGAGAAACAAUUAGUAGAUAUUUCAAUAAGGUAUUGAGCUCAGUUCUUAGGCUUCAAGGUCAUUUACUAAAAGUUCCUUCACCUGUAGCUGAGGAUUCCUCUGAUGUCAAAUGGAAAUGGUUUAAGAAUUGCAUAGGAACUCUUGAUGGUACUCACAUUGAAGUAAAAGUAUCUGAGGUUGAUAAACCUAGAUAUCGAAAUCGAAAAGGUCAUACUUCUACAAAUGUUUUAGGAGUAUGUUCGCAAGACAUGCAAUUUAUUUAUGUGCUUGCGGGUUGGGAAGGCUCAGCAGCUGAUGGAAGAGUGCUUCGAGAUGCUUUAAGUAGAAGAAAUGGAUUACCAAUACAAGAUGGUUAUUACUAUUUAGUGGAUGCGGGAUACACAAACGGCAAAGGCUUUCUUGCACCUUUUAGAGGGCAAAGAUACCAUCUUUCUGAAUGGAGGACUGGACGUCAACCAACAACUCCAGAAGAAUAUUUUAAUAUGAAGCACUCAUCAGCAAGAAAUGUCAUUGAGAGAUGCUUUGGAAUGUUAAAAAUGCGUUGGGAUAUAAUUAGAAAUCCAAAUUUUUAUCCAAUCAAGCAACAAGACAGAAUUAUAAUGGCGUGUUGUCUUCUUCAGAACCACAUUAGAGAUCAUAUGCCAGUUGAUCCUAUUGAAACUUAUAGAGCCACUGGAUUAAAUGCUGAAGCUCCAAAAGAUGUGAUUGAAGACUUAGAAAGAGAUCAAAAUGUGGACCAAGCAGAUGAAGAAUCUGAUGAUGAUAGUGUUCAUACACUUACUACUAACAUGGAUAAGUCUAAUGAUCAAAUGGGCAAGUAUAUGGAAAGCAUUGUUGGAGUUGAUCAAGAAAGGAAGGAUAAUCGGCGUAAGCUUAAUGAGGAACUGCAAAAAAUUGAAGUUUUAACGCACUCACAAAGACAAAGAGCUGCAAUGAAACUUGUUCGAGAUCCAAAUUUAUUGGAUUACUUUUUCACUCUUGAUGAUCAUUCUCAGAAAGAAAUAUUUCUAAUUGAAUUGCUUGGAUAG